AUGGAUUUCGCUUGUUUUUAUAUUACACCGGAAAUGAUACAACUCUUCAAUGAAUGCUCCCAAAAAAGUAAAUAUAGAAAAUUCUAUAACUUCUACAGUGCCCAAUUCAAAAAACUAUCAGAGAAUUUAAAAACUGUCGAUUUACCAAAGAACUACACGGUCACAUAUUGCGCUCAUAACUUUAUGGAAUGUUUGAAGUAUCUACUUAAUCCUCACCGAAAUUAUACUGGAUACGUUGGUAAAUUCUACGAAGACGUUGAAUGGGCUAUUUCAAACAAAGAUUGGGAUAGGUUCUACUGGAAGUAUCGGGAGUCUGUUGAUUAUGUCUUGAAACAAGCCAGGGAUCAACAGAAAUGUUACACUUAUGUUGUUGUGGAUGACAAAUUGUAUGUUACUUUUCAUGACCGGGAUUUGAAUGUUAAGAGCCUCCUACGUCACGAAAGAAACAAAAAUACGAAAAUAUAUAAGUCUAAAAACGACCAAUCAAACCUUUUGUGGCCAUCAUCACAUACGCAGAUAACCACAUGCAGUGAAAUGGGGAGUUAUGGAGGUUUAAAAAUCGUCUAUGAAGAAUCAGACGGCCGCACUGUUGUAAAAUACGUAGAUGACUCAUUGUUCUCGCAGUCACAGUGCCUAAAGAAUUUGUCCGCUGAACAGCUUCAACCACAAAGUGGACAUAUCAAUACUUUCCUAUCGCAAAGUUGUAACUCAAAUCAACAAGCUGAAAACAACAAUUUUCAACAAAAAAUGCAAUGUUUCACUAUAUGCUCGCCACAAUGUUACUCGCCACAAAAUUUUCGACGUGCUAACAUUGAUGAAAUUUCAAGUUUAAAUACUUAUAAGGAAUAUUUGAAUUAUUAUGAACAAGGUUGUACUUCGGUGUCUUCUUCAGUACAUAAAACUGGUCCUAUUUAUGAAAAUACGAAAGAAAUUGCAAGAUGGCGACCUCAGUCUAAUUUUCCGUCACGCCCAAAACAUCAGUCGAUAUACGAAAACGUCGAAAUUGAGCAGUUUGGAAAUGGUCAAGAUAAGAUUUAUGACAAUUUUUCAUCGAAAAGAACACCGUUGUACCCAUCCACGGCGUUUGAAACAACACAUCAUGAAAACACAGAACAUUUAAAAAGUCGUGUUUGUAAAAUCAAUACUGUUGACGAGAAAGAGAGAAAAACAGCACAAGGAUCACAGGAAAGGUUUCAACUAGAUGGACAUCGUUCACAAGAUAUACCAACCUCAAUUUCAAAUACUGAGACGUCAGCAGACCAACAAAAAAUAGAACCGUAUUACAUACCCACUAAUAUUUACGAGAAUUUUUAUGGAAAUUCUUCAACAAAUCACUACCCUCCAACACCAUAUCCAAGAACCUCUUCACUAACCAGCAGUAUUGGAAAUCCUGGCGGGCCAAAAUUAGAGGAAUUCCACAAUGCUACAAGUAAUUUGAACGUGGAACCAAACAUUUGGCAUGUGACCCCUGGAAAAGACAAGAAUAGAAUUGAUCGAUAUCAAUCAGAACUUGAUUCGAGCAAGCAGCAAAGUACUCCUACUGCAACUAUUGCCGUGAACAUUCGGAGAAAUUCCGAACAAUCUCAAGUUGAAAAUCACAGUGGACAUUUUCAAAAUGAAGAUUAUGGUUUUUCAUUAGUUUCGGAGCCAAGAUAUGAUACUCUGAAACCAUUUGAAGUGAACGAUUUUUUGCAAGGAAGUUCAUUGGAAAGUAUUGGCUGCUUGACCGAUACAAGACAUUCAACAAAUGAUGACAUGGUGGACACUCUCAAACCUUUUGAAUGGAAUAACACUUUACGCGAAGGUUCAGAGGAAAUUGAUAUCUUUGACGUCCAUGUUCGUGAGAUUCAACCAAUCCCUUCCAAGUCUUCAAUGCUUGGUGAUCUAUGGAGUGACUUGGAUAAACCCGAACCUUCUACAAAACCAGUACUCCGCUCUAAUGUAUCUGUGGAUCGAGGUUUAGAAUAUUGGAAGCGUUACGCAGAAGAUGUAAAGCAACAGAUAACUAAUGCUGUCAUAGGCACGGAACCCUUUGAACCAAAAAUCUCAGAAAAAGAAUACAGUGAGGAUGAAGAGGAGAACACCACUAUAAAUAGGGAUUUCCACAGAAAGUUCCAAGAACAAACUAAGCGAAACCAGGAAGAAUUGAGAAGAAAAAGAGAAGAACGGGCGGCGCGGAGACGGGAGCAUGAAGAGGAGCUCAGUAAGAUGAGACAGGAAUCCAAACAGAAAUAUUUAAUGUUUUUCAAUUGUCUUGGCCUGAAGCUCCGCUUCGAGGAACAGGAACACAAUUGGAGGGAAUGGAUUCAGGGGUGCAAACAGUGCAUUAGCAAGUUGAUAGAAUUAUUCAGUCAAUUCGUCAGUGAAAUUCGAAGAAACUAUAGAGGUUUGAAACAUUUGAACAGAGAGGACGAAGCCGAUCUUCAGACGGAAAUCUCAUUCCUCCUGAGCGACAUUAUGAACACAUACAACUCACUGGAAGAUAGUUUUGAACAAUUGACAAAUUUGGAGAGCCGGUUCGAAGAUGUAAUGUUCAAUAAAGUGUUAAAGAAAUGCAUCGCCGAAUCGGCAACUAGGCUACUUAAAGCCUAUAACACUGCGGGCGAGCUUUCGGAGCAUGCUAGUCAGGAUAACUUCCAGAAUCUUCAGAAUACCUUUAAAGGUUUUACUCCUUCUCUAAUUUAUUCCACGACAGAUUUGCGUAGGAUUUGCAAGGAGAACAGUUAUUCAGAUAAUUAUGAAAAUGUGCAAUUCCCACAGAUUCGAAAUCAAAAAUCUUAUAAUGUUGUUAGCUCGGAUGUAUAA